CCCAGUCACAUACAAAAAAAUCUCGUCUGUGUACGAGAAAAGACGAGAUCAUAAUAUUGUGGCGCAAAAAUUCAAGAGCAAAGAGAAGUCAUCAUGCCAAGCACAGAGUUGUUCUCCCUUUGUGAGAAGAAAAAUGCAGAUGGAAUCAUCUCGUUCAUAUCAAGUGAAUCCAAUAAAAAUCAGAAAGCAAGAAAACUGCGAGAGACAUUGUCAUCUUGUCAGCAGCGAGAUGUCAGUGAUAUGUGGACGGAACUGUACUCCAUGACGACAGAGGCCAUCAUGAGUCUGGAUGAAGAUGAAGAAAAAAUGAGCCACACAUUUUCCUUACUGGAGUGUGUGGUAUUCAUCGCCCGGGCUACCUUGCACAAUGAAAAGGACCCAGUUCCACCUUGUCUUUUCGAAACUGCAGUCCUUCUUCAUGGUGUGCUGAUGUCUCUGCCAGAGGAGGCGCUUGGCCUGCGUAGCGACAUUGCACAGCUGCUAGAGGUGUGGUGGCGCCGGGGUCUGGAGGGGAAGGAGGAGGUUGCCGUCAACACACUCCACUUCUUCUUGGAGAGUGCUCAAGCUGCUGAGAAAGUUACGGCUGUCAAGGUGAAGCGUGUGUGGGCCAUGCAUGAAGCAGUCCUGCUUAUCAACUGGGACAAUGAUGAGAUGGAGUCAUUCAAACAGAGGCUGCUUGCUUGUGUGGCAGCCAAGCCUUUUCUCCGUGAACCUGACGGUAGAAAGUUUCUGGCCUUCCUCUUCAACAUUUCUCCAGAGUUCACAGGUCAGCUUUAUGUGAGGUUUAAAGAAUUCUUCCCUGGAUCAACAAGGGACAUGAGUACGUUCUAUGGGGAAGUUUUCUUCCGAGCAUGGAAGCAGGCAUCUGGGCCUUGCUUAGAGAAACUUGAAAAUGACUGUAUUCAGAACCUGAUGAAUCAUGCUGUCCAUGCCAGAAGAGAUGGAACCAACAUAUUCUCACUGUUGUCACGGUUGCUGCAGUACUUACACAACCAGAAGAUACAGACAGGAGUUACUGAUAUGCUGCUGAAGCUGUACAACCCCAUCCUGUGGAGGUCGCUCAAUGUACCUAACUGUGACGUGAGGGCAAAUGCUACCUUCUUACUGUGUGAUGUGUUCCCACUUACCUGCCCCAUACAGAAGGAUGAACUGAUCAACAGACAGUGUGAAGCUUUGCUGACUGCCCUGUAUGAUGACUACCCCGUGGCUCGGCGUAUCGCUGUGGAAGGUGUGUGUCGCAUCAUGUCCAGCUACUGGGAGCUCCUGCCCAACCUCACCAUCAAGAUGUUCAUCACCAAGCUGCUCCAGGACCAUCUCAAUGAUGCCAACUCUGCUGAAGUCCGCCUUAGUGUAGUUCGGGGUCUGACUGAUCUCCUGGACAACCAUCUGUGUCACCCGCUGCUGAAGCAGGUGCUGCCCACAAUGAGAGACCAUGUCCAUGAUAUGUCCGAGUCUGUCAGGAAAGCCAUGAUGGACCUUCUUCUCAAGGUCAAGAAAAUCCGAGCAAUCAAGUUCUGGACGAUCGUGCCAGUGGAGCACCUGCUAGCGAGACUGAAGGAGGACUCUGCUGCUGUGUGUAAGAAGAUCGUCAAGCUCCUCAUCAACAGUUACAUGCCGCUUGAACAGACCACAGAGGAGAAGAUUUCCCGGCUCACUCACCUCAUCAAGGAGGACGCAGGGGCAGCCAGGAAGUUCUUCCAGUAUGCACCCACUGAACUCAAGUUUGAGGAAUCAGUGAAGUACCUGACUCUGCUGUCGCGUGUGAUGCUGGUUCUGAUCAAAAGAAACCAUGCUGAGAACUCAAAUGAGAAUCACAAUGAAAGCACUGCCAGCUCUGCCAAUGACAGUAAUGCCAACAUCACCAAUUCCACUAAUGUGACCAGAGAUGACAGCAGUAAUCAAAACACUGAGGCAGGAAGUGAUGACGAUGAAGAGCAAGAGCUGAGCCUGAAGAACUCGGAGAUCAUGAUGGGUCUCAUAGAGGCCAUGUACCUCAUGUGGGAUGCCAUCUCUAAACAGUUACACACGCCUCAACAUACUGACGUUCGACAUGAGUUGCAGAAACGGUACAGUGUGAUCAUUCCACAGAUGCUACGUAUAUUCCAGGAACCAAGAGCCUAUGCUGCUAUCAUGCUGUUAUCUGGCUUUUUGCCAUCGACAAGAGUUCCUGUAUUAAGUGAUAGCUGCAUGUCGAAGCUGCGUAACAUGACAGCGGACACACACAUGGGCGUAGCACACCUGCAGAACUUCAUCGGCACUCUGUGUAAAUGGCGUUUCAGUAACGCCUUGCUGGAGAUGAUCGCGACUUCUGUCGAGGCAGGUCUGGAGGAAAAGACCAUUGCAGAGUAUAAGCCCGGUGGAUCUACCGUUAAAAAGAAGACUGGUGCCAAAUGUGUUAUGCUGAAAGAAACAAUCAAGCCUGAACCUCCAAUAUCUCUGGAAUACCUGGAGAUCCUGCUGGAGAAGGACCUGUGUCGAGAGGUUAUACUUGUGGACCAUCUUGAUGCCUUGACACAGACCAUGGAGGCUCUGGGACACAGUGUGGAUAUUUUGAAAGCAAUGAACAGUGCCGACUCAGAAACCAGUCCCACUAAUGAAGACUUUGUUCUGAAGACUUUCUUCCUGUAUCUCCGAGUGUCCCUCUUGCUACAUAAACAGGAAGAAACUGAUCCUAAGCCACAAUUCACUGACCUACUGACCUGGGCUCAGGAGGAACUGGUGCCUCAGUUGCAACAACAGGGCAAAAGGUCACGGAAAGACGGGGAACUGGCCUUUAAAACUCUUCAGAUUAUUCUGAAGAUGAGCUGGCACCUGAUGAUGGUUGGAUCUGCUGACAAGGAGUUCACCUCUAAGGCCACUAAACUGUGUAUAUCUUGUCUGGAAGAAGACAGGAGCCUGAGACUGGUUGACAGUGUGUUGACAUGCCUGCAGUGGGUGACGGAUGCUCGACGCACGCUGGACCGAGAGACAAACAGUGAGGGUCAGCUGUUGGCACUUAUCCCCAACUUCAUGGGCAAAGUGUUUGUGUGUCUUGCGAGUUACAUCAAACACAACAAGCAGACCUGUCAGGAGGUAAUGUCCAGCAUAAAGCCCCAGCUCACAGAAAUCUUCAACACAGCCAUGAAGAACGUGUUCCACUACCCUUCAACAGCGGAUAUGAUGACAGCCACACUAAUGGCCAUAGUGGCCGAACUGACUCAUGCUAGUCAUAAGGAAAACUUGGAUGAGCCAGUUGACAUCUCCAGUCUCCCUGUUCUGUCAGCUCUGCUGAUGAAGAUCAUGUUUUCUCCAAGACAGAGAUUACACUUCUUCCUACAGGAGUUAAACACGUUCAUCUCCUCCGGCAGCGUGCCAGAUCUUCACCAUGCACAUGGAUGUGCUCAUCUUUUCUCCACCAUCAGGAAGACGAAAGGCAGGGUACCAUUUGACCAACUAGAAAACUGUGAGGACUCUCUCCGCCAGUGUGUGAACACACUCUCUGUUAAAAUCGAGGAAGAUGAUGAAGACUCAAAAUAUUUGCUGAAGCAGAUCAGAGACAAAAUGGAGGGUGGACAACAGAAGAGCUGAAGUCCCAGACAAGUCAUAUAUUAGCAUAGGCACUGUCUGAAUCAGCUUUAUGUGGAAGUUCAUAACCAUAUUUAUUGAACCACUGUGUUCAACACGAUACUGAAGGACGGAUGUGGAUAUGCAUUGCCAUAUUUGCUUGACUUUGUACCUAAGUUUUUUGGACACCGAGACCAUUGCAUAUUCCUUUGCCAUGGGAAAAAUUGUUGCCAGGAUCAUGUGAACACAUCAUGCAAAACCAGGAUAAUGAAGGACUAAUCAGUAGUCCAAGACUUUGAAUGACCCAGUGACAAUUACUAUGACCUCAGUUAAUGAAACAAAUGGCUGAACUAUAUGAACUUACCCUUGUGGGGGUGUUGGGGAGUAGCCCAGUGGUGAAAAACAU